AUGAAGAAGGCGGGUCGUGGUUAUGACCGUAUUUCAAGAGCAUUAUCAAAAAAUUUAGUACUCAAAAGCCCGGCUACUUCGAUCGACAAUUUUGGUACCGGUGAGCAAACUUGUUGCAGCUCUAACUCCGCCAUUGACAGCAUCCGUGCCAAUCCGGACAAUGAAGCUUGUUGUAGCAUCAGUACCGCCAACGGUAGUAUUGGCAUCAGUCCCAUCGAUCAAGCUUGUUGUAGCACUACUACCAUCAACGACAACAUUGGUCAUGACAAAAAUCUUAAAGAAAUCUGCAACAAUAGUAGCAGCAGCAGUUCACCUUCGGGAACUGAAUUUGAUUCGGAUGAUUCAGUUAAAGAUAAAGAUUAUGUUCCACCUCAAAAAAAGAAGGCAGGAUAUCCGCAAUUAUUUGAUUCCGAUUCUGAAAACGAUGUUAUACAGUCUUCACAGCCGCUGAAUAACGUCUGUAUAUCCGAGACAUCAUCUGAAGAUGUUAGCGAGCCGGAGUCAAACAUUCAGGAAAACCAAAACGUCGAAGUUCAACUUACUAAGAAAGGGACGAUAAGAAAACGGAAAUAUUAUGCAACAAAACUAGCUGUGCGGCAGGAAAUUAUGAAGAAGUUAAAAAAUGAAUCCAAAUACUACGUUAAAACAGGCUGUGAUGAAAAUUGUAAAAAGAAAUGCUCAACAAAAUUUUCGGAAAGUCAAAGAAUCUCAUUGAAUAAAUUGUUUCGUAAUAUGACUUGGAAGGAACAAACAUACUUCAAGGUAACACAUCUCAGAAGAAUCCAGAUAGACGUACAACUAACAGUUCAGACCCGAGACGUUUAA